AAAGACGGCGGAAACCAAGAGGACGUCUGAAUUACACUGGCUCUAAAAGGGUCCCUGGCACAGGGGCAGGUCGGAGAAAGAAAGACAGACAGAGAGAAAGACAGAGAGAAAGAAAGAAAGGAAGAGAGGAGGAGGAGAAGGAGUGGAGGACAGAGAGGGAGGCAGAGGUAGAACCGACAGAGAGAGAGAGAGAGAGAGAGAGAGGGAGGGAGGGAAAUAGGACACACACUAAAAGGGUGGCUUGUAACUGAACCGUCUCCACAGCCCCAGUGGGAUUGUGGCAGGUUGAGGAACACACUUCGACUGGAGAAAGGAAGCGAAAGGAACAAAAAUCGCCUCAUCAUCCUCGCCAAAAGGGGGAAGGAAAACGCUGACGCACCUGCUCCAGAGGCCUGCUCUCUGAGACCUCAAACCGGGAACCUUUCUAAUCCGAAGAUGGGCCUCUUUAAAGGACGCACCGAGCACACCUGCAGCCCAUCCCGGAGAAAAGUCAGAUAUGAGUGAAGGAGGAGGGCACAGGACAGGAGGAGAGAAAAAGAGAGGGUGAGAGAGAAGGAGAAAAAAGAAAGUGAGGGGGGAAAAACUAGGGAGAGGAAGAGUGGUGAAGUGGAAACUGUGCUGGAGGCUUUGGGAGAAGACUCCACAGGAGGUCAGUGUUUGGGUAAUCUCAUCGGCAGGUAGCGGACGGAGGAAGAGUGCAGCUUAAUACAAAGAGAGAGAGAGAUAGAGAGAGGGAGGGAGAGAGAGAUAGAGAGAUAGAGGGGGCAAGAGAAAACUACGGAUAAAAAAGGGGGGAAGAGAAAAAAGAGAGAAAGAGAGAGAGAGAGAGAGAGAGAAAAGAUAGAGCCGCUGGGAUCAGCGUGACGUAAGCAGCUCGCUGGAUUGAGGUGUUGAGUCCUGCUGAUUUUAAUCUGAGCUGAUUAGGAAACAGUGGGGAGCAAGACAAAAAAAAGAGAGAAAGAGAGAGAGCUGCUCUUCACUCCGAGAGAGAGAGAGAAGGAGAGAAGGAGAGACAGGAAAACAGAAAAAGAAAGAAAGAGAGAGAGGAUAGAAGAGAGGGCGGAGAGUCACGUUUUUGUCUUCCUCCCUAUGGUGGACAGACAAGGGGGCCCAGCGAGAGACUGAUAGGGAAGAGAAAAAAAGAGAAGAGGGGGGACGGCGGCAGCGGAGGAGCGGAACAACCCGGAAGACAACAGCAGAUAAGCGGGGGAGAGCGUUAAGGACUUACCACUGCUGAGGACACCCUUGAGAGAAGCGACUGAAGAGAGAGGAAGAGAAGGAGGAAAGUAAUCAUUCCAUCCAGGACCAGAGGGACUGCUUAUUUUUUCAGUGUGUCUUGAUUCAAUCUCUAUUCCUCCCCCCUUUUUCGCUCUCUGCAUCCCCCUCUUUCUCCUCUGUUCCCUAUCAGCACCACUACUCCCCCCCCCCACCCCCUGAGCCUUCCCAGAGUCCUCUGCAAGGGGACGGUUGUUGCUAGGCCACCAUGCCCACCAAUGGGAACAAGCCGCUGAAGCUGCAGUUCGGCCUGAUCAACCACGAGGGCCGCUACCUGACGGCCGAGUCCUUCGGCUUCAAGGUCAACGCGUCGGCGCCGAGCCUCAAACGCAAGCAGAUGUGGACGCUGGAGCAGGACGAGCGCGACGCCCAGGUGGUCUACCUGCAGUCGCACCUGGGCCGCUACCUGGCGGCCGACAAGGACGGGCGGGUGACGUGCGAGGCGGAGGCGCGCGAGCCCGACUGCCGCUUCCUGAUCGCGGCGCAGUCGGACGGCCGCUGGGCCCUGCAGUCCGAGCCGCACCUGCGCUUCUUCGGCGGCGCCGCCGACUACCUGUCGUGCUUCGCGCAGGCCAUCGGCGAGCCCGAGCUGUGGGCCGUGCACCUGGCGCUCCACCCGCAGGCCAACCUGCUCAGCGUCGCCCGCAAGCGCUACGCCCACCUGGCGGGCCCCGAGGGCGAGGUGGCCGUGGACAGCAACAUCCCGUGGGGCGUGGACGCGCUCCUCACCCUCGUCUACCUGGACGGCAAGUACUGCCUCAAGACCAGCGACAGCCGUUUCCUGGGCAACGACGGCAAGCUGUCGGCAGAGAGCGGCCGCGCCACGGGCUACACGCUGGAGUUCAAGUGCGGCAAGCUGGCCUUCAAGGACUGCGAGGGCAAGUACCUGACGCCCAUGGGCCCCGCGGGCACGCUACGCUCCGGACGCUGCUCCAAGCCGGGCAAGGACGAGCUCUUCGACCUGGAGGAGAGCCGCCCGCAGGUGGUGCUGCAGGCGGCCAACAACAGAUUUGUCUCCAUCCGACAAGGAGUGAACAUCUCAGCCAAUCAGGACGAUGAGACGGACAUGGAGACGUUUCAGAUGGAGAUCGACAGGCAGAGCAAACAGUGCACCUUUAGGACCAACGCGGGGAACUACUGGACACUGGUGUCCCACGGAGGACUCCAGUCAACAGCCACUGAAGUAGGUGCCAACACCAUGUUUGAUAUCCAGUGGCUGGGCCGCCGCGUGGCGCUGAGGGCCAGCAACGGGAAGUUCAUCUGCUCCAAGAAGAACGGCCAGCUCGCCGCAGUCAGCGACUCCGUGGGGGAGGACGAGCAGCUCGUGCUGAAGCUGAUCAACAGACCCAUUCUGAUCCUGAGGGGCGACAACGGAUACAUCUGCCACCACAAGAGCUCCAACACCCUGGACGCCAACCGCUCCGUCUACGACAUCUUCACGCUUCAGUUCAGCAACGGGGCCUACCACAUCAAAGGUGCGGGUGACAAGUUCUGGUACGUCUCCAGCACUGGCCUUGUGUGUUCGGAUGGAGACACACCUGAGGACUUCUUCUUCGAGUUCCUCGAGCACGGCCGCAUCGCAAUCCGGGGCAAGAACGGCAAGUACCUGCGUGGGGACCAGGGCGGAACACUGAAAGCCGACGGCGAGAACGCGGACAGCUCCUCUCUGUGGGAAUACUGA